GUUGGAUUGGCAAGGUGGCUACGUGCCGGCUUUUGGGAGAAUGCAUGGGCCACGAUGAGCCCGACGCGUUUGAAUUGCUUUUGUCCCGAUAUCUGACUACCGUUGGUUCGUACGACUAUCCUACGUCGUUUGAUCCGCCUGCGCCACCACGCAAUUCUCAGGAUCCGGUCCAGCUGCUGAGCGCUUAUUACGCUCGAUUUGUUACCAGACGGGGAUUUGUCUUUGCGCAGUUGAGCAAGCUCCUUGCGCGUGGGGCUAUCCCGCCCGAGUGGAUGGUUACCAAUUUGUGGAAACGAUGCGUGGACGGCGCAGUCAAGUCGCUGUCCACGGACGGUAGCACGUCAGCUGCUGCUACGCGGCUGGUCGAAGCAGUGAUCCUGUCAUCGGGCAAUAUCUGCCUAGAAGCAAAGACGACGACAUCGCAAUUGAAUGGCCUGAACACGCUGCGGCCAGGCCGUCCACGGGGCAGCACUCGCGCCACGACCAACGCACCGCACCUCCCCAAGGAUCCAUCGCCGUGUCCGAUUCCCAUCCAGGAUGCGCUCAGCAACCUCACCUCUAGUAUGGUCUCUGCUCUCUGCGGCAUGUGCAUCGCGCGGUCGCAGAGUCCCGGAACGGUUGAAAAGGCGACGGGCAUCAAAGCCGGAAAGACGGUGCAGAGCCUGGCAUUCCAGGUUCAACGCGCUGCCGGCAUGGAUACUCUUUCGCACGAGGCCGACGGACCCAGUUACCAGUCCCUACGGCGGGGAUACGUCCUGGUCGGCCAUUGCAUGCUAUUAUGUGGCGAGGAAUCACCAGCAACUACCCGCCCAUUAGACCCCCUCGCACAGCGCAACAUCGAAGCCUUCUUCCUAUCAUUAGCAGCGCAACCCGACAUGAUCAAAGAACUGUCAGAAUUCACCCAGCAAGUCUUCCGCUACGGCGGCCAGAUGCGCAAAUGCGAGAAGUCUCCCACGCCGCUCGAAGUCCAAGUCCGCGUCUUGCAGCUCGCUUCACUAUCAGACGCGCGCGGGAUCUCCUCCCUCCUAGGCAAAGUCGCCGCCGAGACCGCCAUGGAACUCGCCGAGAUCACAGUCGACGCAGACGACCACGCCUGGGCACUCGAAGUCCAAGAGAAGGCGGCGGCCGCGUCGCUCACACGCGAGCAGAAAGCACAAGGACGGCAGUCCAGCCCCUCCGGAAGCCAAUCCCACGGUCUGUACCGAUGGGAAGAGAGUAUCGGCGAGUGGAUUGCGCGCACGCCAGCCCCGAAAGCAAGGGCCCUGCCGAUGUUUCUACCGGUCGCGCCGACUGCACAUACCACGGGGAGCCGGUCCAGACGCCCAUCGACCGUCGCCUGCUCAACAAGCAGCAGUUUCUCAUCCGGGACACCCGCCCGAGAAAGCGUAUCCAGCGCGACCUCGUCCGCACCAUCCGUAUCCGUGCCGAUGAAGCGCUUGAUUCCUACACCCAUGUCCAGCGAUGGAGCCGACGAUAGUGACAACGACGGCCCCGCCCCUCCGUUGCGCAAAAGGCUUCGGUCAUCGUCCGUGAAACCGGCGCAAACUCGAAACAGAGACAGUGGAUGGGUUUCUACGCCCCUUAUUUUUCCGCGGUCUUCCUCCCCUGCCCAAACGAAGUCUGAAACAGCGCUAUCCGCCCCGGUAGCCUCCCGCACUAGAACGGCGCGGCGGAACACCCCCGAGGUGAAACAUUGGGGGCGUGGAAGGACUGACACGAGGUCGACUCCAAGGGUGGAAGUCGUUAUUGUUAAUCGGCUAGGCAGUGGUGUUUUGGGUUCGACGCACACUCAGACUCAGACUCCCACACCGACCCUGGCCUCGACCACGAGGACGACCACCCCAGCGACAAGGAGCCACACGGAGCCUAUCGCCGUGCGCACGCGAUCCAGUCGUCGGGCUUCACUACCUGCCGUUCCUAAAGAGGAGGCGAAACCUCGGGAGCGAGAGCCGUCCCCCACGCGGCGCAGGAAUAAGAUACCGGUUUUCCGACCGAGGCGCACUGCUAUCCCGUAUUCGUCGGACGAAGAUAGUGAAGACGAGCUGAGUUUUUUCUGAGAGAUACCAGUCUGGCUUCUCUAUUCCUCCUAUUUUCUUUUCUUUUCUUUUUCUUUUAACCUGUUGUUUUACUUGAUGUCUUCCCAUUCGGUUGGCUGGGGAUGGUGUUCGUGUUUGUGUUUAUUACCCGGCGUUUUUGAAUCCCUGUUACUUGGGUUGGUGUUUG